UGAAAAUUGAAAAUGUGAUAAGAAAAAUGAAAAUGGUCAAGUUUUUGUUUUUGAAUUGUACUUUUCAUUUUAAUAAUGUUUUAAUUUCUAAAGAAGAUCAGUUCUUUUUCACAUUUUCGUUUCAUUUACUUCGUGUCGCGAUCUAGAUCUUCUGAUGACUGAAAAUUAGGAACAUUGUUUCCAUUAGAAGUCAUUGAAAACUAAUAUGAAAGAUUUUGUAUGUUAUCAAAAACACCAUUCUUCGAGUUGAAAUUUUUUUGAAAACGUGAUUCUAUAACUAUAUAUUGAACAGUCAAAAUAUCUCAACCUGCACGCGAAAUUAUGCCUGAUCCCGCUGAAAUCGAGACCGGUAUAUUUGUUUUUAACGAACUUCGUGAAAUUUUCGUCAUAAUUAAACGAUUUCUACAAAGUUUAGACGCACAAAUACGCCUGUAUCCUCAUCAUUCCAUUGUUGGCUCAUCGACUCGAAGCUUUGCUAUGAACUUCGUGAACGCAUGGCGUAAACCGCUAGAGAAAGUUCUACUGUCAUUCGAGAAUACACAGUUCCAGUUGAUACACGAAAAAUUUUCGUCCGAUGGAAUCGUGCAGAAUUUGUCUAAAAGAGACUUUAGCGUUGAAAAUGGUAUAUUACUAAUCACAGCGUUGAUAAAUCGUUUGAACAGUAUUUUUGAAUUCGUAUCGUCAGCUUCAACUCUCGAUGAAGAUAAUUCUGCAGAUAACGUGAUCGGAAGUUUCGGAUUAUGGCUUUGCGUUCAGAUGAGACCGUUUCCUAAAAUUGUUUACCCUAAAAUAUUGGAAGAAUUUUCCGAGUCUUCGAGAGGUUUAAAUGAUUUGCGCCCCAAAGGAUGUUAAUUCAGGUUUAGGAUAAUGUAGACAUAAGAAUACCGAGGUGAUUAAUUUUUUCCUAUUUCUGUGAUUCGUGUUCGUUUCGUUGCUAGUGGUGUUGAUGUUUCCGAGUUCCUUAUAUUUUUUUUAUUGAUUUAUGUUCAUAAUGUGAUUCUCGUUUUCUACUUUUGUUACGUACUCUAUAGUUUUCUUUACAUUAACCCAGUAAUUAGGUAAGGCAGAAUAUAUGUAUAAGAUGGCAUUAUGAUUUUCAAACUGAAGAAGAAGAUACAUUUUUGUAACUAUUGAAAUGAGUUCUUUCUUUUGAGCGAUGACUCUCCGCAUAAUGACUAGUGAUAGAUUACACCCAGCGAUUAGGGGACCAAGACGAAUUAGACAUUAUUUAUUAUGAUUUUUUAUUUUAUUCGUCAUCAUUUCAAGUUGAAUGAUCGAGAGACUAUUGAGAUUGACUAAGCUACAGUUAAUUCACCCUCUAUAACUCUUCAUUUUCCAAACCGGUGUCCGUUUGUUCUUCCUUCUUUUCGUCAGUCGCAUUCAAAGUUCUCUUCCAACCUUUUUCAAUCGUGAUUGCUAAAAAAUUUCCUUUUUGUACUACACAUUUGAAGCAAUUUUUAUCGUAAUGAAUACAUUCAAUUUCGGUUUCCUGCACAAAUUUCUAAUUUUCUUUCCGGCGUUUUCUAUCCAUAGUUCCUUUAUAAAAAAAUUAAAAACGAAAAAGAGAAUCCAAACUCUUGA